AAAAAAUAACUAAUUAAAUAAUCUAUCUCUAUCGUAUCGUAAUAUUAAUAGGUAAUAAAUAAUUGUAGUGUGCCAUUUAAAGUCAAUUCAAUAUUCUAACAAUAAAAUGUGGUAUCAAGAAGAGGAUGAAGAUGAGGACCUCUUGUGUUCGCCUGCUAUUUUGGCGAGACGAGCCUCUGAAAGUUGGAUAAACGUCCCACCUGUAGAGAUGUUAAGCACGCCACAAACGCUGCAACGAAAGAAGUCUCUGCCCGACGUGGCGGGCAUGCCGCGGCUGCCGGACGGCGGAGGCAUGUCCCGCGAGGAGGUGUCCGCGCUGGGCUCCGCGCGCCGCGAGGAAGUUCGCCGCAUGCACGAAGAGUCCGAAAAGCUGAGAGCCAACCCCCUCCUCUACCUAGUUAGUCCACAAGUGAAGGACUGGUUCUCACGGCAGCAAUUAGUGAUCCUAGUUUUGUUUAUCAACAUCUCGUUAGGUAUUAUGUUUUUCAAGUUGCUGACGUAGCGUCGGCGGGCGGCGCCGUCGCGCCUUCUAUCUCAGUGUAACGACACUCGUGUACAUAACAAUUGUAAAAAAAAAUAAACACAAAAACAAUAUCUGACGUGCAAAUAUUUCAAAUAGUACAUGAUUACUUUAAACACUUUUAAUCGAUCAUAACUCCUGUCCAAAAAUAAUAUCAUUUUAUGGAUUUCAAUUAGCCAGUGUACUUUUGUAAAAGUUGUGAAAGUGGAAAAUCAAAGACAAAUUAUGAGAAUACAGUGCAUCCUUACCCUCCCCACGUCGAGUCAAUGUAACUUCUAAUAGUGUGAGAGUGCGAUUUUUGUGACCACUAGACGAAAUUUCGAAUGUAAGCACGAUUUACUUAUGAACCUGCAUAUUGUAGGUUUUGCUCGUAUUAUAAUGUUAAAAGCUUGCCUUAUUAAGUAAAUUCAUUUAAGUGAAAAUAACAUCGUAAUGGAAAUGAGUGCGGUGAACGUAGGAAGUUCCAGGAAACGCAAUGAGACAUUUAUUAAUAGUAAACUAAAUGAUAAGAUAUUUACACAAAUUAAUAUUUUGGCAUAAUAUUAGAGUUUCAAUAUUUGACAGUUUAGUUAACAUAGCGUAGACUCAUCAAUAAGGAUUACAUUGAAAAUUGUAAACGCAGCAAUUAAAAAUUAUUUGCUUGUUUCGAAAAAUAUUAUAUACUUAGUAUUUUAUGAAAGAUUUUGGAAUCUUUUAAUAAAAAAAUCCUUACACAAAAAUGUUACCAUAAUUAUAUUUAAUGCUUAAAUUAAAAAAUCUUUUAAAGUGCUAAAUAUAUGAUAGAUUAGUUUACUAUUUAUUAUUUAACUUUAUUCAAUGUAUUGUAUUGAAUCUGUUACCCCAGUUUUUUAUAAAUAUUUAAAAUAAAUUUUGUAAUGUUUGGUGCGCGAUUAGAACAAAUUAUUUGUUCUUAAUUUCGUAUAUUUAAAUAUGAACAUAGAUUUACGAGAAAAAGAAAUCUAUUUCAACUUUCGAAAAAAUGAAUAUCCAAUUUUUAUACAAAUAGGUAAUACUUAUAAUUUUGUGUUGUAACUAUGUCAAUUUCUUGUAUUUGAAAUUUUUAUAUAAGAAAAUUAAAUUGUAUCAUAUUUAUUAU